CCGGGGCUAGAUACUGUAGUGGGGCUCUUCACGGCUCACCAUGGCGUGGCCCUGUAUCAGCAGGGCGUGCUGCAUGGCCCGCUUCUGGACCCAGCUGGACAAGGCUGACAUUGCUGUGCCUUUGGUCUUCACCAAGUACACGGAUGCCUCUGAGAUGCAGCACAUCCAGCUGCAGCCGGCGCUCCACCCUCCCCAGGCCCGGGUCGCCAUAGAAACACAGCCGUCUCGCGCAGAAAGCCGCACCGCGACAGCGGCACGGGCGCCGCGGCGGUGUGUUUCCGAAGAGCGCGUGUGCAGCUCUGUGAUGCGCGAGGACUUUAAGCACUGGAAAGUGCGACCUGAACCGAGUUGUAAACCCAAGAACGAGUACCACGAACCGGAAACACCGUUCAACAGCAAGACCCAGUACCAGAAGGACUACAAACCCUGGCCCAUCCCAAAAAGGCACGACCACCCCUGGAUACCUAAACAGCCACCCCCCACCUCCGCUGGCGAUGACCGGGCUACGGACCGGGCCAGGCCCACCAAACAGCUGGCGGAUGCGGACAGCGGGGUGGAGAAGAGCACCAUUGCAGACAAGGUGCAGGAGAAAGACCUCCUGCAGGGGCAGGGCAGGAAAAAGACGGCCAGUAAACAGGAGGGGCAGAAGAAAGUUGUCCUGAGGGUGGAAGGAGAGGGCAGAAGGAGGGCGGAGGCGGACAGUGUGAACAGGCAGAUCAGAGAGGAGAUCACAGGCGACAGCUCCUACAAUACUGAGUACAAGGCUUACAGAGAUGUGAAGCCAGCGAAGAUGAUCCGGGCCAAGUCCCAGUACCUGCCCCCAGCUGAGAGGCCCAGUCUAGAGACCAGCUACAGUGCUACCUUCAAGGGCCAAGCUCCUCUGCGCACUGCUGACAACAAGGCCGUGGAUAGGAGGAGGAUACGCAGUUUGUACAGCGAGCCUUACAUAGACCCCAUCAACCAAGUUGACAGGUAUAGUGUCCUCCGCUCUAAACCCAAAAGGCCUGGAGCCUGGGCGGCAGGCCAGGGCAAGCCAGUGAAGAAAGCCAAAGAUAAGCAGAGCGCCGCGCUGAGGGGAUCCAAGAAGACAACCUUGGAGAACCAGCCCGAGAACCGGCCAGCAGCAGGGGACAAGGAGAAAAGUAAAGAGAUGAACAACAAACUGGCUGAGGCAAAAGAGGUUGUGCUAAAACAGUACCACUACAUACAACUCUGCCAGCCAAUCCGAGAUAUUGGCUGGGUGCAGACUCUAAAGCAACACCUGUGGGGCUGUGCACUACCCAACCCAAGAGAUGCUAAGGACGAGGUUCUCGGACCCAGUCAUCAUUCCCAGGGUGCUGCUGGAGGAGAGCCACCACCACCGCUGGAAAGACCCAAACCUCGGAAGAGCAGCGGAGUCGUACGCUUUGCCCUAGAUGUCAACCAGACUGAGUAGUUCUGCCUGCAGGAUGGAGGCCGAGAUCUUAAACCGACUGAUGCUCUGUAUUGUAUUUAGUAUUUGCAACUAGUUGGAUUAUGAAAAAGUUACACUAUCCAAGAGGCAUCCCAUGCAUUUGAAACACGCAUGUUUGACCAAUGGAAUUAUCACAAAGGUGCUAUGUCAUUUUCUGGUUUCAUGCCAUUUGUUUUCAAAGAACAUGCCACUAUCAUUAGAAAUACCCCACCAUAAAGUGCUUAUACUACAAUUCCAAAAGAAACUGUUUUAGUGUAAAUAAAUGAUCAUUGCAGAUUA